AUGAGAAGACGACCAAUCCGGAGAAAAGGCGCAACAAUUGGAACAUGUAAAAUAGGUAAAUUCAAUACAAGUGAAGAUGAAGUUGAGCACUGGGAACAUGUGAUCGCAUCGAAAGAUCAAUGUAUCUCACAAUGGCAUAAAUUCUAUCCAAUCCCAUUAACCAUGCCUCCAGGAAAAUCAUCAGCAGUAUCAAAGACAAAUCAAAUUGAAACACCAAUGACAGACUGA